AUGUCAGAAGAGGCAGCGGAGGUGAACAACCUUCAAGUAGAAGAUAAGGUAGUCGCUAAGCAAAAAGAAAUACACCAAGCUGCCGGAAACCAUCUUUGCGCUAUUCCAAAUUUUCUAUCACUAGGAACCGACCUCAACCGGCAAGUCUCGAAUACAGCGCGGCAGAACAAACGAUUCGUCACAAUGUGGAUCAUCAACUGGUUUUACGAUGUGCUCUCGUCGCUCGGCCUGCUCAACAAGCACGCCAAGCUGCUUUUCCUCGGCCUUGACAAUGCUGGAAAGACCACAUUGCUGCACAUGCUGAAGAACGAUCGUGUCGCCAUCCUUCAGCCUACUCUCCACCCGACCUCCGAGGAACUCGCCAUUGGCAAUGUCCGCUUUACCACCUUUGACCUGGGCGGUCACCAGCAAGCCCGCCGACUCUGGAAGGACUACUUCCCCGAGGUAAACGGAAUUGUUUUCCUCGUCGACGCCAAAGAUCACGAUCGUUUCCCCGAGGCCAAGGCCGAGCUGGACGCUCUGCUGUCAAUGGAGGAGCUGGCUAAGGUGCCGUUUGUCAUCCUGGGCAACAAGAUCGACCACCCCGAGGCCAUCUCGGAGGAGGAGCUGAGGCACCAGCUUGGUCUCUACCAAACCACCGGAAAGGGCAAGGUGCCCUUGGAAGGUAUCAGGCCCAUCGAGGUGUUCAUGUGCUCUGUAGUUAUGAGGCAAGGCUACGGUGAGGGUAUCAGAUGGCUUUCGCAGGCUUACGGCUUCCCUCCAGAAGCCUACGACCCUUCGAUUCUUCCCGAUUUUGAUGUCAGUUUUCUCCGCCCGGAGGAUCUCGAGGCCUUUAUCCAGGCGCUAUCGGCACCAGAUACCACCCAGCCGGGCGAUGACAACCUGGCAUCUCCCCGCAGUCCCGGCGCGCGUAGCUUUAGCAGUUUUGACCUUACCAAGCGCGCCUCGAGCGUAUUACCCGACGAUGCACAAGUCGUUGCUGCACACGCGGCGGCCGCUGGCGGCGAGACUGCCCCUGGCCCAGGCGAGAACGAUACCAACAAUGCCAGUGGAUUUGGCAACGGCUCGAGCCAGUCUUUGUUCAUAACAGCACAGUCGGACUGGGCCCCCGUUCAUGAAAAAGUCAUAGGUUCUCAAAGCCAUCGACAAAAGAAGAGCUCGCGGCGGCGGAAGCGUUCCAAGGCCGUGGCUCCGGGGCGCCGAACGCGUGAUGAGACUCGCGAAGGUUACCUAUACGGGCUUCUGAAAUGGCCAUUUUUGCUCAUCGUCGGGACAUGGAUUGUCGGGUUGGCAGUCACAUACUUGUUCACACGCGCCUACAUCUUUUUCUACGAGCAGUUUGUGGCUUGGAGAGGCCGCAGAGAGAAGCUUCGUCGUAAUAUGCGCGCCACCUCACGAUACCCCGAUUGGGUCAAGGCCGCUCGCGAACUGGACAACUUCUUGGGGAACGAGGGGUGGAAGGAGCAUAACGAAUUCGCUUAUUACGACAGUAAGACUGUGCGGCGCGUGUGGGACUCCCUUCGACGCUCUAGGAUAAGAGCGGCGCAGAUGGAAGCCAGCGGGUCUCUGUCAUCAUCGUCUUCAAAUGAGGGCGGCAAGACAACACCAAUCGAGGAUCUUAAGGUUCUGAUUGAGGCUUGCGUCAAGAACAAUUUCGUUGGUGUGGAGAAUCCUCGGCUCUAUAGCCAAACGUACUAUGGCACCAAGAACCUGGUGCAGAACUACGUGGACGAAGUCGAGAAAAGCCUCACAUUCUUGCUCGAAACUAAGCAGCUCAGCAUGGAAGACAAGAGGAGCAUUUUCAAGCGGGUUAGCGCAAACUAUGGGCGUACCGCGCUCUGCCUUUCGGGCGGGGCAGCCUUCGCCUACUAUCACUUUGGCGUCGUCAAGGCUUUGCUGGAAGAGGAUCUUCUUCCCGACGUCAUUACGGGGACGAGUGGGGGUGCUUUAGUCGCGGCUCUUGUAGCUACCCGCACCAACGAGGAGUUAAAGAAGCUACUGGUCCCGGCUCUGUCAACCAAGAUCACGGCGUGCAGGGAGCCCAUAACCGUCUGGCUCCGGAGAUGGUGGUCCACCGGAGCCAGAUUCGACUCGGUUGACUGGGCGAAGCAAUGCUCGUGGUGGUCACAUGGGUCUAUGACCUUCAGGGAGGCCUAUGAGAGGACGGGUCGCAUCCUCAACGUCUCGUGCGUGCCCGCCGACCCGCACUCGCCAACAAUCCUCUGCAACUACUUGACCUCACCCGACUGUGUCAUUUGGUCUGCGGUGUUGGCUUCGGCUGCUGUCCCGGGCAUCCUCAACCCUGUGGUGCUUAUGAUGAAGAGAGCAGAUGGUAGCCUUGCUCCCUAUUCAUUUGGGCACAAGUGGAAGGAUGGAAGCCUGCGGACUGACAUUCCCAUCCGUGCGCUGAACCUACAAUUCAACGUUAACUUCACCAUUGUCAGCCAGGUAAACCCACACAUCAACCUCUUCUUCUUCAGCAGCAGAGGCUCAGUUGGACAACCCGUCACGCACCGUCGUGGCAGGGGGUGGAGGGGCGGUUUCUUGGGCAGUGCGACUGAGCAGUACAUCAAGCUCGACCUCACCAAGUGGCUCAAAGUGCUCCGGCAGCUGGAGCUCUUGCCUAGGCCACUGGGUCAGGAUUGGUCGCAAUUGUGGCUGCAGCAGUCUUUCGGCGGAACCGUUACGAUCUGGCCCAAGACGAUCAUAUCCGACUUUGUGCACAUUCUGUCUGAUCCAGACAUGGCUCGCCUUGCGCGCAUGAUCCACGAAGGCCAACAGUCGACGUUUCCUAAGAUCAAGUUCAUCUCGAACAGGCUGCGCAUCGAAAGACUUAUCGAACGUGGUCGGAGGGAGACGAGGCCUUAUAUCCGGCGCGGUAGCGUAGAAAGCAUCAUCAGCGAGGACGACCUUCGGGAGCUCCUGCUGCUCCGUGGAUCAGCGAACGGCACAGAUGAGGAGAUUACCACCAACGACGAGAUGGAGUUUGCAUCAGACGAAAAGGCUGUGCUUACUGAAGAUGAGGGGCAGUCCGAUGGGGGUACUGAUAAUGCAGAAGGCAACCCUCUUUUGAAUAGUCGCUAG